GGUGCCCCCGACGGCCCCUCCGGCCGGGCUCCUCCCGCUGGGCCCCCUGGCCCGGGCCGCCCUUCUGCCAUGUCGACCGCCCCCUGGCCGCUCUCGCGCGCGCGAGCCCUGCAGAGGCAGCGGGAGCUGGACGAGGAGGCCGCGGCGGGGGCGGGCGCGGGCCCGCAGGCGAGCGGCCCGGGGCCGGGCGGCCCGGGGCCGCCGCGGGCGAAGGAGGAGCCUCUGCGCGAGCCCAGCGGCGACGGGGCAGGGGCUGCGCGGCCAGAGCGCCCUCCGGUGCGGCCGGCCGGGGAGCCGCGGCCUGGCGAGGCGGGCCGCGCCGAGGCAGGCGGGCCCCCGGGGCGCGCCCCCGAGGCUCCGCCGGGCGUCGCCGCCGCGCCUGCGGGCGCGGGGUGCCGCGGCCGCGAGGAGGCCGUGGGCACCGGGGAGCUGCUGCGGCAGUGGUCCCUGUGCAUGCUCGAGGAGGUGCUGCUCGGCUGCCAGAAGCGCUGGGCGAUCGACAGGGAGGACUUCGACCUGGCGCUGCAGGUCAAGCGCUGCGAGCCUGGGGCCCGGCGGCGGCUGCGGGAGGCCCGAGCCCGCUGCUUGCUGGCGGGGCGGGCCGGGCGGGCCCCGGAGGCCCGGCCCAGCCGGCCAGCUGCCGGCCUGGCGGAGGAGGCCCCCGCGCCGAAGCGCCUGGCGUCGGAGGCACCAGUUGCGGACGAGCAAGGGGCCGCACACGCUGCGGCGAGCCUGCUGGAGGCCCUCGGCCCGGAUCUGAUCCUCCAGCUGGUGGAGCCUGCGACCGCGGGGGCGCUGGCAGGAGCGGCCGUGCGCGUUUGGCGUGAGGCGGCCAAACUGGAUGGUUCCUCCUCGUCGUCGUCGUCGUCCUCCUCCUCCUCCUCCUCCUCCUCUUCUUCCUCCUCCUCCUCGUCCUCCUCCUCCUCCUCCUCCUCCUCUCCCUUGCUUUCUGCAGCUGGCAGGCUUACUUCCGUUCGAUUCGAGGCCAGGGAAUUCACCGCCGCGUUGGAAACGCUGGCUCGGUUUGUCCCGCAGCGAGCCAUUCACACUUUCCCCACUAGGCUUGCGUGAAGGGGUCCUUACUUGGUUAAAGGCUGGCGCCUCGGAAUGUUACCUUGCCCGUUACACUGGGCAGAGGCACAGGCAGUUCGCACGCGCGCGCGAGCAGCCGGGGGC